GUGUUUAUACCGUUAAAAAAGGAAAAAAAAUACACGCAGGUGCAGUGAGAUGCCGGAAAGGGCGAUAAAACUGACACUUUAUAACAGAAGGGGAGUCGGACUGUCGAGGUUUAUGAGCUGCAAAGUGCAGGAAACAGCCCUGUGCCAGAUGGCUGAUAUCUGACAUCAUGCGGCAUCACUGGCUGCUUUUGGGUGCUUGUGGCUGGGUGUUACUGAUCCUGAUGUUUGCCAGCAAAUUCAUCAACUUCCCUUUCAGAAGACCAGAUGAUUACGGUGGCAAACCGAAGUCAUUAAGUGCAACAGUGGCUACACCUGGUGACAUACAACUCCGACUGCUUGAUAAGAAAAGAACGCCCACAGAAGGACUGCUCACAGGAAAGCCAUUACCGGUUGAUUAUGAAGACUGGGAGGCUGUCCAAGCAGGACGUCUUGAUCGUCUUUCUAGGCUAUGCAGCAAUGAUUCUUUGAAGAACCUUACACACACUCCAAUCACCAAAUUCAUCCUGGAUCGCAUCUUUGUCUGUGACAAGCAUAAGAUUCUCUUCUGCCAGACUCCAAAAGUAGGCAAUACACAGUGGAAGAAGGUCCUGAUUGUCCUCAAUGGAGCAUUCUCCAGUGUGGAUAAGAUACCUGAAAAUGUGAUCCACCACCAUGACAAAAAUGGGCUGCCUCGUCUUUCCUCUCUGAAUGAGAGUGAAAUUCUAAAAAGAUUAAAUUCUUACUUCAAAUUUUUCAUUGUAAGAGAUCCAUUUGAAAGAUUGAUUUCUGCCUUCAAGGACAAGUUUGUACAAAAUCCACGAUCAGAGCCCUGGUACAAGCAUGACAUCGCUCCAGCAAUAAUGCGGAAAUAUAGGAGGAACCAUUCAGAAGCUAAGGGCCUGCAAUUUGAAGACUUUGUCCGAUACUUGGGGGAUCCCAACCACAAGAGACUAGACCGUCAGUUUGGAGACCACAUAAUUCACUGGAUAACAUAUGUGGAACUUUGUGCUCCUUGUGACAUUGUGUACAAUGCUAUCGGACAUCACGAGACUCUGGAGAGGGAUGCUCCAUAUAUACUCAAAGCAGCUGGCAUUGAUCAUUUAGUGUCCUAUCCCACUAUUCCACCAGGUAUCACUUUAUACAACAAGACAAAGGUGGAACAGUAUUUUUCUGGAAUUGGGAAAAGAGACAUCCAGAGACUCUAUGCGAGAUUUCAGGGAGACUUUACACUUUUUGGCUAUAAAAAACCUGAUUUUUUACUGGAUUAACCUAUUCUUAGAACUUAGUUUGUUUUUAUUUGUUUUAUAAGAAGUGUAUGUACAAAAUAUGCCCUUUAAUAAUGUAAAGAUGAAUUAAGAGAAGAGUCAUUGCUGCUUGGGUGAAAAGUCUGCAUGCAGCAAGAAAAAAAUAAAGCACAGAAGCCUAUCUUGGGAAUCAGAAAUUCAGUUUACUGAUAUCAUCCCUCCUAAAUGUGCUUCCUAGAGAAAAGUUCUUUCCGAAUGCUCAUCAUCAACUACUCGUCAGAUACUCAUUCAGCCACCUGUCCAUUUAUCUAUUUGUGAUCGUCUCAUCUGUCGGGAUGUCAUUUUCAGUUUAGGAUGUUGAUUAGGGCACCACAUUUGUGCAUCAGAUAUCAUUGCUCUCUGACAACUUCAAAGUUCAGGUUCAAAUGAUCCCUGCUCAUUGUCUAAAUGGGGUCUGCACAAUCUUACAUUGGCAUAUGCUUUUUUUUUUCUCUCACAUCCCAAAAAUGAUAGGAUUAUUGAUGUCUCUAAAGCAUUCCCAUAGGAGUGUAUGUCAAUGUGUGUGCCAGUGGUAUUUGCAAUGGACUGGCAAUUUUCUUCAGGGCUGAUUCCGGCCUGUUGCCAAAUGCUCUUACGAUAAUUCCAUCCCCAUAACCAUGACCUGAAUUAAAGAGGUUAGAAAUUGGAUAGAUGAAUAGAUAAAUUGAUUAACUUGUGUUUCUGUUCAAGCCAUAAUGCAUUAUAACUAUUUAACUAUUUAACAAGAUAGUUCAUCACCAGGGCUCAUAAUGCACUCUUCAGAUAAAGAAAUGAAACCAUUUCUAGCUUUUGACUAGGAGGAAGAGGAUCGGUACCCAUGCGUUUUUGAUACGGCCUUCGGGCUGAUAUCCCCUACCCUAAACCUAACCCUAAUUGCCAACUGUGCCAAUUCUGCCACCCCAUGUUUUCUUUGGGUAGUGACUGCUAAAUGUAGUUCAGCAACAAUUAUGUUAAUCUUUUUUUUAUAAUUUAUAUUAGUUGCUUAAUGAUAAGCAGCAGCUUAAAGAGUCUUGUAUGAACAGUCUAAAGUAACUUUUACAUUCAGUAUAGUGUGCCAAGAUCUGAUAAGGUUGAGCUGAGAUUUAUCCUCCGUCCAUCUAUUUUUACACCUACUUAUUUCAGUUUAAGGCAAGAGGUAGCCGGAACUUAACUUAUGUAGUCUUAACCACUGUGUCACCCUGUCAUCCUCCACAUAAAAUGUUUUGGAUCAGCACUCCACUGUAAAAUCAGUAGCUUUGGUAAAAUGCAUGGUAGCUGAAAUUGACAGCCAACUAGCAUGAAAAUUCUUGGAAUUUUCUUUUCUCUGUUUGUUGUUCCAGAUUUGAGGAUUUUAUUCCAAUGCUGAUAUAUACAUAAAGUGUCUAAGUUACUUCAUAAAAAGCACAUUCAAUACAAACAUAGUAAAAGAUAAAUCAAUAAAAAUGCAAUUACAUAAAACAGAGCAAAAAAUAAAAUAAUAAAUGAACUUAAAAAUGCUUAAUAUGGAAUUAAAGGCAUGUUCAAGUCAAAAAAACCUUUAAUCUUGAUUUGAACGUUUUUAAGCAAACACUGCUGCUGCGUAAUGCUAACCGGGAAAAUAGCAUGUCAAAGUUCGGGAGCAUAAUGGCUAGUGGCUUGAGCCUCAAAGAUUUUAUACCUGAUUUUACACCUUUGUUCAGGACUGGCUCAAGGGUACAUUUCAUCCAUAGACAGAGUUGGUUGCAAGCACCCCAAAAGAGAUCUUUGAAGAUCGGCACCAAAACGAUCCUUUAUGAAAUCAACAAGCUCUCACUUGAAGAUCUGUCAACUAAUAAAUCACAUAUGAAAUUGAUCAGUAUUACCCCUUGAAGAUAGUCACAUUCACAAUCGCAUGUAAACCAUCAACAUGGUGCCCCCAAGCUGUUGCCUUCUCAGCCUAUGCCUUGAACUGGCCCAGAUCAUGUUUUGGAACUCCAAGAUGAUGAGCGUCUAUUAAAGUGGAGGAGAUUGUGUAAUGCCUUGAAGGAUAAAAGCUAUUUUUUUAAAUGAUUGUUUUUAUCAGUUGGAAGUCAAUGCAAAGGGCAUAACACCGUGGUUAAUCAGAAACGUACCUUAGUACACAUCAGAAGAUGCGCAGCUGAAUUUUGUACCAUUUGUAGAUUUAUAUAUAGUUUGUUUCAGCAGAUCACUAUAUAUGGUAUAUAGCAUCACAAUGAGACCAUUCAUUAGUAUUUUAGCAGCAGUGAAAGUAAGAUAAGGACAAAUUCAUACAACAUUCCUUAAAUGGAAAUAAGCCGGUUUAUAGCUGGUUUUUAUUUGUGCAUAACAAACAGAGUUCAAAAUCAAAUACAAUGCUCCUAUUGCACAUGUAUUGACUAAAAUUAAUUUUAUUUUAACCUAAAAUUAAAUACCUUUCAGUUAUGGUUUUCAUAUUUUUACCUGGUAUUUCACAUAACACCUGAGUUUUCUCCACCUUUAGAUACAAAACAUUAAGCACAUCUAAAUUUUGUUUAAAUAAUUGUAAAGUAGAGCAAAAUCAGUGAAAGCAUCCUCCUUCAUCACCAAAGAAAGCUAAACAUCCUCAGCAUAAAUGUGCAAUUGUAAACCUGCAUUACAAGAUUUAAUGUGUAAUGCCUUGAUGGGUAAAAGCAAAAUUUUAAAAUGAUUGUUUAUCAUAAUCCAGACUGAAUUUGAUCAUUGCUUGACAAGUGAUGUAGUAAUUGGUUUGCAACAUAUUUUUUCCAAACUUUAGAAAGGAAGAUGAUAGGCUGUAGGAAAAUCAAGAAAAUUGUCUUUUUUUUUUUUUUAAAGUAAUGGCAACAUAACUGAAGUUUUGAAACUAUCCGGUACUACACCAGAUGUAAUUGACAAGUUGACCAAAUAAAAAAAAAAUAAAAGGAUUAAGAAACAUCAAGGAUGUCAGAAUUUCAAAAAUAAAUGAAUUCCAACAAACUGUAAGUCAAUUUUAGUGAGCUAAAGACCUUCACUAGCACUACCAAUGAUAAAAUCUUAAGAAACAUGGAAGCAAAGGGCAAGUGUCAUCAUUAGAUGAUCAUUUUGAACGUGUUUAUCUUACUUGUAAGGUAUGUUGUAAUCUUCAUUAAAUUCUGAUGGGCCACAUCAAAUGAAGCAGGGAAUGAUAUAAGAUUUUUGAGGGGUAUUAAGACGGAGAGAAAAAAAGCAAUUAAAUUAAUUUGCUGAAAGAAAUGAGAGUAGAACAGUAAUUAGUUUCAGCAAGCCUUAAGCUCCUCCUUUACAUUUUUACUUUAUCUGUCCAAACCUGAUUUAAAUUUUUCCAAGUGAGUAAAAUACCAAAUCAUUUUA